AUGGGGCCGCGUGAGCGGGAACGCCGACGGCCAGUCUUUGGCUCUCAGGAGCUGCCGCCGCCGCCGCGGCCGCCGAAACCGGAACGGGCCGGCGGCACUUUGGACAGGGUCAGGGACUUUCUGGACAGAGCUGGCUUUGAAAGUCCCCAAGUUGACAACCGUCACAGAGCCAGAAGUGCAGAGGAUUCUAGGCGAAGCACUUCUGAAAUCCGCAGAGUACCGAGAUCCAGGGACUCAAAGCGUGCGCAUGGUGACCAUUGCGAUGAGUCGGAUCCACCAGUGCCUCCGGCCCCGCCAGCAGUUCCACUGGCAGUUCCUUUGCCUCUACCGCCUCCAGCCCCACCGUCCGUGCCGCUACCUACACCCCCACCUCCACCCAGGCCCACCCAUCACUCCGACAGGUCACUACCAUCCCCACCAUUGAGAACCAGGGAGACACAGCCGAAGAAGAAGCAGCGAUUUCUUCAGCCUCCACCUGCCCCAGAAGCGAGACUACCACCAGCACCACCAGCACCACCACCACCAGCGCCACCACCGGCUCCACCAGCGUGGAAUGAUUAUGAGGACAACGACUAUGAUGGUGAGUACUAUGAGCCUUGGGAUGAUGGCUAUGGUCCAGCUUCCCCAACAUGGGAUGAUGGCUAUGGGGCAGAGCCUGGUGCAAAGGUGCCAACCCACCUUGAGUACUUCAGCUCAGACGAAGAAGAUGAAAGUCCAGAUGGGGAGGAGGCGUCGAACAGCCCAGCGCUUAGCUACCUACCACCUCCUCCACCGCCCCCAGUACCACAUGACUUACAAAACUUCAUCCCGCCACCACCACAAAUUCCCAAAGGUUGGGGCAAGGGCGGCAAGUAUGGCUCCCGACGAAAAAUGGCCUCGACGCAUAGCCCCUGGUUCUGCAAUGUGUGCAACAAGGACCUCUGGAAUGAAGAGAAGUACAACACGCACGUCCAAGAUGAUCAUAUCCCAUGCCCUGAGGAAGGAUGCACAUUCUCUGGUCCUGAGUUUGUGAUGGCAGUCCACAAGCUGAAGCAUGUGAAAGCUGCAGAUGGCAGUAGUGUGACCGAUUCUCCCGAGGAAUUGGCUGCAUGGAGAUCCAUGCGGAAAGCCAAUUUUCCCAGCAAAGGGAAUUUGAAACGAAAGGCCGAGCUGGAAGAGAAGAGGCGACAGUCAGGAGCCCUUCCAGAUCCUCCCAAGGUCAGCAUGCUUGAGAAGCUGUUGCGUCGUACGCACCAGGUGGAAAGAGGCAAAGGAUUUGGCGGCUUUGGCGGCUUUGGCUACAAAGGCUUUGGAAAAAAGGGGAAGUUCAAGGGUAAAGGAAAGGAUGGCAAAGGCAAAGAGGGAAAGGGCAAGGAUUGGAAAGGAAAGGAUGGAAAAGGAAAGGGAAAAACUUCGGGCAAAAAAGGCAAGGGCAAAAGCAAAUGGAGUGUGGAGCCUGAUGGGGAGCCAGAGAGGCGGCUUGAUCAUGCAACCUACAGUGUGCCUUUGCCAUCGGUAGUUGCUAAUUGUGUGCCAUUGGAAGCACCCUUUGGCGGUGCGCCGACUUCGCAGGUCAUCCCACCCAGCCUUCCCAAAUGGGGCCCUUGCCGCUUUUUUGAUCGCGGCUUUUGCUUCCACGGUGAAAAUUGCCAGUACGAACAUGUCGGCGCAGGCGCCAUGACCCAGAAAGUGAUCAAUUCCACUGCGUGGUGGGCCUUGCCAUCCUCCUUAGCAAAUCGAGCUGGAAGACCAGGUGAGGGGCCGGCUGGCGGUGUCUUUACAUCUUUGCGCUCACGGCCUUUGGUCGCCACCCGGGUGGAGCCUUAUGUCGGCGCGGAGCAACGAGAACGCCGUGAUGGGCUGUUGAGAAGACUUCUGCAGCCGGAUGUGGAGAGAUACUACUCAGCGAUUCUUCAGUGCGUUCGCUACAUAGUUUCAACUGACUUUCUGCGGUUGGAGCGUCCACAUGUGGAGAGGCCAAUGGAGCCCAGUGUCUCGCAGCGAGAUAUUCAGGCAGAACUGGAUGCAGAACUGCUGAAGGAAGAUCUUGAUGAUGUGGACAUGUCAGCUCUUCACGCAGCGCUGAACCAAAGCGAGGUUGCACAGCGGCGGGAUAUGACAUGGAUCGACGCUGGCGCCUGGUUUUUGCAGAAGUUUUGGGAUGCAUAUGGUGCAGUGGACGCUUUGCCAGUGGUUCUUGGCGUUCCGCUGUAUCCCAUCCUGGCAGCCCUUCUUCUGGCACUUUUCUUUCUGGCCAUUCGGAUUCUGACCCUGGCAGUUGUUGUGAUUGGGCCCAUGGCGCUAGCUGGUAUGGCAAUUUGUCAGCUGCUUGCUUUACAAUGCGCCUUCGUCGAAGAACAGAUUGAGCUCAGAGACGAGAAUGGCGAUGUGCCCGAUGUGCAAGACAUCGGGUGCUGUAGCAUGAUUUUGGGAAUGAUAUUUGGAGUGGGCAGCCUUGUCACACUUGGUUUGGUGACAUGUUGUUGCAAUAUCCUGAAGUUUCCGGUGGCAUUUCUCUCCCUGUUCUUCCGUCUUUGGCACUGGGCAGUUUGUUCUUGGCUGCGCUUGGUGCAGUGCCCCUUGGGAUGUCAAGACGACGGAUCGGAUUCAGAUUUCGAGUCGGAUAUCUGCGACUGUUGUUGUUGGUGGCUCUGGUUCCCGAUUAUCCUGGCAGCUUGGCUGGUGACUGUCAUGGUGUUCUUCCCUUGCGUCUUUCUCCUGGUUUUUUGCAUCUUCCUGGUGGUGCAACUGCUGGCGUCUGCCAUUUGGCCGGCUUAUGUCACUGCCGGAUGGUUGAGAUAUGCAGGGCCUCGAGGUGGACGGAGAAGACACGGAUCUACCUGCUCGGCCAUGAGCCAAGGGGUGAGAGCCUCCUACCAACUUUUGUGGGCCAACGACGUGAUCACAAACUUGCUGAUUUGCCAGGCAUGCACAUGCACGUCUGAGACUAGACCGAUCACAGAGAUGCGCCAAGAAGAAAGCGCCCAGACCAUUAAGGAACUCUUGGACUACAUGACAGAGCAGAACGGAACCGUCGAUCGCUGUCGGAAGCUUUCUCUCCUGCCCCCUCUGACCAUUGGUCUUUCCGACAGCUGGGAUUUUGCUGCGCAGGAAAUUGCCCGACAACUGGGCAUUGGAGCGAAUCAGGUGGAAGAGGCCUGGAAUUCCUUGGCGCGGCAGAUGAUCCGACUGGGCAGGGAGGCAAUUGAAGAUGGCUGGAUUACCCGCGAUUGGGUUCUGGAAAUUCCAGUUGAGCUCUGUAUUGGACUACCUGCACGCACCAUAUUGGAUACCGUUGAGAGGUCUCGCAAUAGCGGUGAGAUUGUUUUGUCCAGCGGCCUGAAGUUGAGCAUGGAAGACCGACCCAGGGGGAAUGAAAUUUUUGAAGAAAUCUGGGACAAUUUGAUGGCGGCCAGGGAAGCCCGUGCCCAGAUAAAACUUACAGAUGGGGAGCGCGAGUGUUUGUGUGCCAUGCUACUCGCUGGGGGUGGUGAUGCUGACCAGUUGCCUCCAGGAUUGUCAGCUAUUCUGGGUAGAAGUGAGCCAUUGCGGCCUGCCGGUUUGCCACCACUGUCUGUAGGGAUGGGAAGGGAGGGAAGCAAAAAGCCGCCAGAACCGAAAGUUGAGCCAGUGGAAGAGAAAGAAAGCCCUUUUGAAUGUACCAUGGGCACACGCGGUGUGACCCAGUUGACCACACCAGCGCCCAAGAAGAGCGUGGCUGACCUUGAGGAAACGUUGAGGACGAUGACUUCGGUGGUGAAAGGUUCCAGUGGCCGCCGCUGGAUCCGCGGGGAGGCCAUUGGCAGAGGCUCGCUGGGAACCGUUUUCCAGGCCAUGGAUCAACAGACGGGCGAACUCUUGGCAGAGGUUGGCAUCAAUAGCUCCGACAAGUCAGAUCUGAAGUUCAAAGAACAGCUGGAGAAUGAGAUUCAGAUGAUGAAGGACUUGAAGCACCCAAGGAUUGUGACAUACUUUGGUCAUGAUUACAUGGAUGAUUGCCUCUACAUCUAUUUAGAGUAUAUGGCAGGUGGCUCUCUAGCGCAGGCCUUGAAGCAAUUUGGCUGCUUCGAGGAGUCCUUGACUCUUUCAUAUGCCAAGGAGAUUUUGGAAGGCUUGGAAUACCUCCACACCCAUGACCCACCUGUGGUGCAUCGAGACAUUAAGGGUGGAAAUGUCCUGGUGGAUUUGGAAUGUCAUGCCAAGUUGUCGGACUUUGGAUGCUCCAAGCGUGCCACGGAUGCGGACACCUUGUGUCACACGAUGCGGGGCUCCAUCCCCUGGAUGGCUCCAGAGGUCAUCAAAAGUACCGGCUAUGGCCGCAAGGCGGACAUUUGGAGUUACGGCUGCGUGAUUAUCGAGAUGGCCACCGGGAAGAAUCCUUGGGGCUCCUUCGACAACCCCAUGGCUGCCAUGGUGAAGAUUGGCAUGUCUGAGGCAACUCCUCCCGUACCGGAGACUUUGUCAUCAGCUGCCCAGGCUUUCAUUCGCUUGUGCACACAGAGGGAUGCUACCCUGAGACCAGAUGCCACGAGUUUGCUUUCGCAUGAAGCCUUGCAGAAUGUGGGCAUUGAUGGCUGAGGGAAUUGAACAGCAAUCAGUCGACCACAGUGUCCGACCACAUGGUGAUUUUCGGUCGAUCUUUCUGGCAGAAAACGCUGCCAGAUCGGGCGAUCAGAAUGUGGUUGUUGGCAGUUUGCCGCAUGUGUUCCAGAAAUUGGAAGGACGUGUUUUUCUUCGAUGAUUGAAUAACUUAACCAUCAAUACCAUACAGUCAAGAAGGACCCCGCGGCUUUUCCCACAAUCCUUCGUCCUGUCACUUUCAUGCAGCCUUCAUUUUAGCAUGGAGCAUGCAGAAAAAAGUAUCAGUUCAGCGGCAUUCCCGGGUUCUUUGUGAUUGAAAUCCUAUCCCAGAUUUGUCAUAGCUGGCCAUGUACGAUGUGUGGCGGCGUAGCAUUCUGGAAAGUCCACGCUGAGAAUGUCAGCCUGGCAGCCUCAAAAUGCGAGUUUCGAGUCGUUUUCGAGGAAAAAAAUA